AUGUCCGCAGUUUCGCGUAAUUCGAGUAGUUUCCCAGUUUCAGAACCGACUCAUCAGUGGGGUUGGAUUCCGGUUUACCAGUCGAUCGCUAUGGGUGGAGAAGACGAGAACGGUGAACACCACUCAAUACAGAACGAAGACCGUAAAGAUUCUGUGCUGCUGGUCUUACCGUUCAGCGAGAGAUCCAACAAGCCAGCAGACAAUUCUGGACACUCGGAGCCCGACAGGUUUCCGGUUCGGUCAAUAACAGAUGACUCGAAGUGUGAAAGUAACGUUUUCCCGAUGUGCGAAAAUGGUGUGCUUAACCUGUCACGUCGUGCCAAUGUGAGGAAACUGAUCAUUAGCGGAAACAUGUUUACCAAUGUGGUGGGAUUUGAUAUGUUCAAGCAAUGCGUUCAAACUGCCAUUUUUCCACAGUGCCUUACGUUCCUUGAUGCAUCUUCCAAUACCGUUGAAGAUCUCACCGAAUUUUUGUACUUGCUACCUUUGAUGAAGUUGGAGUCGAUUGCAUUAGCGAAUAACCCUUGCUUAUCAAGUCCGAAUUUCGAUUACCGCAUUUAUAUUUUAUCGGUUUUGCCAUCAGUACAGGAUAUUGACGGGUUCUUAGUCUCUGAAGAAGACCAAUUGAAAGGUGAGUGGUUGUAUAGUCAAGGAAAGGGAAGAAUGUUCAAGCCAGACACUGGUGCACAUGGAUCGCUUGUAAACUACUUGGAAAGGUACUGUCCUUUUGACAUCGAUGGGAGGCGUGUUUCCUCUUUAGACCAGUCGAUAUUGAAGGUUAUGGAAAAGCGACGGGAGAUAUUGAGUAACAGCAGCAUCGAAGAAGACUCUUCCUUGUCGUUGAGUCUUCAUUCACCAUAUGGAGCUUGGACCGCCCGUGUUAUUGAGGGGAAAGAGAAUCGCCUACCAAAUUCAAGCGCUGAUGAAAUGCCUCGACACUUAUUCUCGGCCAAAAUGCCGCAGUCUUCUAUUCCAGCUGAGGAAAAGUGUGCGAAAUCAACAACAAUUUUACAAUUUGAAGCUCCUUCAAGAAGUUCCACUCUGGAGUCGAUAGAAUCGUCCUCAACAGUGACGCUCGUACCCGCAUUAAAAAAUGGCUGGAGAGAUAACCGAAAUGUGGCAUCCACCGAAGCAACUCGCACUGACCGUUCUAGAAGGUCACACUUGCGAGAACGAAUAUUGCAACGCGAACAGGAUUCGGAACUGAAGGACGAACCUGGGCGGGACGCUGUCAUCCGUCGAAUAGAAUUUCUGGAAGACAGAGUUAAAACAAUAAGUGAUGAGAAUGAAAACCUUACGCGAAUAAAUGAUGAAUUAAGCAAAUUCCUUGUGGAAAGGACAGAAAAAUUCACGGAAGAAGUGAGUUCUCUGAGAACACAACUGCAAUCUAUAGUGAAGUCACAGAAUCCAGACCCAUGCAAUCUUCGAGUUUCGCGAGAACUGGGCCAGGGUUGCUAUGAAAUAAUUUGGGAUAUGCCAGUAGUUGAAGGUUACAAAGUUUUAACAAAUGGAGUUGAGAGUGGGUUUGUUCGAGCGCCAAAUAAUGCUGCACGUAUAGCGGAUGUAGAGGCUGGAGCUGAGUUGUCUAUACAAGUUCAGGUAACUGUUAUCUAA